AACGUUUCAACAGCAAGUAGUGUCAUUGCUUCAAAAUCCAGAAGGUUUUGCCUUAUUCAUCGAACCUUAACAUGAAAAAAAAAAUGAUAGAAAAACACUAAUUCAACGAUAAGGCAAUGCGUGAACGAUGAAUAUCCUGCAGCCAGAUAAUCCGGCAUUUCAGCCGGAAUGGGCUUUCGAAGAUGUUCGUACAACAUUCUUCAAAUGUGUUAGAUGGCAAGUAGAAGAAACAUUGGAUCCAAUCAACUGUCCUUACCAUUACUACUGCGACAGCACUUAUCCUGGAAAUUAUACCGAUUAUGUCGAUUUUAUAGUUUUCUUGUUUACAACUGCCUCAUACUUGACAACUUUAGUCAUAAUGGUAAUCGACAUUUCGAGCAGAGGAAAAGCUCAUUUCAGUUAUUCUAAAAGAUUCUGGCUUCCAUCGGGUCCAGUCGCUCUCCCAAUUAUCCUUCUGGCACUAGCCAAGGGUUACCGGAUCAAUUCGCUAUUUCCUAUGUGCUGUGUUGGUCCUGCAAUUCUUCAACUGCUUCAGGUCUCUGCUCUUGCUUUCGAUCACGGUGUUGAUCAAGAUAUCAGGUAUGCAAUUUAUGAAGCAUCGACGAUUUCUGGAAUUCUACACGCAAGUCUGUACCUAGACUCCAUUAUACUGCCUUACUAUACCGGUUUUGAUGCUUUAGUGUCAUCCACAUUUUCCGGCGAGUGCCAAUCCUGUGUGUGUCGAAGCGAGAAAUUGGUAGUCGGCGGGAGGCUGGUCAAAUACAGGGGAUGGUCAGUUUCUACAUUUUUGGUUGUGAGUGCUUUAUGUUGGAGAAUCAUAUGCAGAACGAUGGGGUAUAACAGGAGAAUGAUGACAGUCAAGUUGUUGCUGGAAACCUCAGGUUGGAUUUUAAUUGCAUCGGACUGUAUAUAUCUUACCAAAAACGCUCCAUCGGAACAAUCUAUACUGCAAAUUGCAAGUUUUGGAUGUGUUCUUGUACUGAUUUUCCUUCAUUUGAUUAAGAAGCUUGCCGUUCAGCUUGCACAACGGAAUUUAGCAAAUGAAAAGAUUACAGCAAGAGAGAGCUGCUAAGGAAAUCACCCAAGGGCGAAUUCAGCCUCUAGUUAUUAAGAAUGCUGAGUUAGUAUCUUCAUGUGUAUAGGAAAUCAAAUGUAUAUAUAACCAAUCUUCUAUCCAAGAUACUUUCAUAAGUAGAAUGGUCUGCAA